AUGUCGUACGACAAAACGCUGGACAUUUUCAAAGACAAGUUGGGCAGCGCUGUCUACAGCCCCGACAUCCGGCCGGUGCUCAACCAGUCUGACGUCAUACAGGUGUCGGUGCUGUUUGGGAUCGUGUCAAUUGUGGAGCUUAAUGACGUCACCCAGAGCUUCGUCUGCAACGGAUUCUUCUCCUUCGUGUGGAGAGAUGAGCGUGUGAGCUGGAACCCAUCCGACUACGGAGGGCAGGAUCUAAUCCACCCACUGCCAGUGCACACCUGGAGGCCGCGAGUUAUUCUCAUCAACACCCUGGAUAAGAGAGACGUCUUUGACGAUGACAAAGCACCCAUGUACGUCAGCAGUUUCGGCACGACCAACUGGAUUCCUGGGAGUCUGAUCUCCGUGUCGUGUCAACUUGACAUGACCUACUACCCCUUCGAUGACCAGACGUGCUAUAUUAAGUUCCAGCCCAUGUCUCUGUCCACCAAAGAGAUGGUCUUCAAGGUGGCCAGUUCGGACAUCAGCACCGACUACUUCACAGAACACGGAGAAUGGGACCUGAAAGAGAAAAGUAUUGAAGUGUACAACCAGACCAUAAGCAGGUUCUCUUUCUCUUGCUUACAGAUGGUUUUACUAAAGCAUGCCUAA